AUGCCUCCUAAAAAAUCUGGAUAAAGCAGGGGAAACCAGCGUUAGGCAAACUAAUAAAAAUCAAAGCCAAUUUCAGAGUAUACUGAUUAUAAUUUAUAUGAGUAAUUAUCAAGAGAAAAUUGUUCGAUUGAAGAGAUUUUAGAUCAAAUAAAAGAUGUAGAUGAUUAAGAAACAAAAGAGAAUAUCCUAUAAAACUUUGUUCAGUUGAUUUUUAAACUAGUAGGACUCAAUAGUUUUGUGAUAAAAUUAGAAGACAAAUAAUUUUCUUCUAUUGAUUAGGAUUUUUUCAAAUCAGAAAUAGAAUCUAAUUUAAAAAAUGUUAAGGAUUUUAAUUGGGUUUUUACUACAAGAAAAGAAGAGCACUAGUUCCUCAAAGACAAUCUCUUUAUUUUCUUUGACUCAAUUUUAUAGCAAAGUCAAUAUUACAAAUCAGAAAAAAAGGAUGAUUCUUUUAUGGUAAAUCUCUCUAAUUUCCUAAUUAUGUUAUCAAAAUCCCAUAUUUAGAAUGUAAGAUAGAAUGUAUUGAGAUUAGUAAGGAUUAUAGUUGAGUAGGGCUUGAUUAGAAUAGAGAAAUUGAGGGCUGCUUAAUAGAGAAAAUUAUAGAAAGAAGAGCAAUAUUUAAAAAACAUUCUUGAAAACAUUAUGAAUAUAUUGAUUAAAGGUAUUUUCCAUAGUAGAAUUUUAGAUAAGAGUCAGUCAAUAUAGCAAGAUUGUAUUGAAUCUUUUGAGAUUUUCUUUAAUAUUUCUCCUUAAAUGACUUUGAAUUCUUAGAAUCUCAUUUAAUUGUGUUAUUUAUUUGAUUCUGAUAUUGAUCUCGCUAAUGCACUCUUAAAAGUACUUAUCAAUAUAAAAUGGAAAGAAACAGAGUCAUCUUUGGAGGCUCUUAAAGAGUUAGUUCAAUAUGAUAAAUUCAGGAAGAGAUUAAUUUAUUUUUCUAACAUUUCAACAUUUGUCACAAGUUACAGAGCUAUUCAAUUAGUUAACCUGAUAGAUGAAAUUCUACCUGGAUCACUCAACAACAAAGACUUAAAAAGAGCAAUGGCAACUAUCUUCCAUAAAUAUGAAGAAGUCAGAGCAGAGGGAUUUAAGAUUCUUUAAAAAUUUUUAGAAGUUAAUGAGGGUGAAAGAUAAAUUAGCGUCAUAAAUCUCGAAGGAGGCGAAGACGAUGGUGUUAGCGAUAUUUUCUAGUUCAAAUAAUAAACCAAUUCUUUAGCCUGUUAAACUUUUAUAAAGAAAUUUUAUACACUUUUGGAUGAAGUGGAUUCCAAAAUUUAUGAAAAAGAAGAUUUGAUCUAAAAUAUGAUAAAUUCUCUUGGUUUUGAAUUUGGUGCUAUUUACGAUUUCCAAAAUAUUUUCCAAUUGCUAAAUUAGUUACCAUCAUCGAAUUUAAAAGAUAAAAUUUUUGAUUUGUUUAAAUUGAUUGUUAUAAUUUUGAAAAAAACGAUGAAAUUCUUAUAGCUAAUAUCGUAAGGCGAGAAUCCAUCGAGCAUUUACAACCAAAAGCAAUCAGAAAAGUUGCUUAUCAUUAGAAAUGAAUUCUUUAAAGCCUUGGUGGCUAAUUUUGAUAACUUUUAUGAGAAUAUGAAUAAACACCCUAUCUUAAAAGAGUAUUCUUACCAAUUAUUGCUAUCAAUUCCAGCUAUAGACCUCCAACAGAAUUUAAAAGAAACCUAGUUCAAAACAAUAUCAAAGAAAAUAGCUGAAGACAUACUAAAUACAAUACUAAACUAAGAUUCUUUCAUUGAAGAUAAAUCUUAAUCUAUGGGACUUGUUUUUGGAUGCGUUAGCACCCUUUAAUACUUCCUCUUACACACCCCAAGGGCCUACAUCGAUCCUUUUAAAUAAUGCAAGGAGAAAUUGAUUAAACAUGCGAUUUUAGAUUGUACUGACAAUUUACAUGAAAUAGUAGUUCAAGAAAAGGAGACGUCUUUAGAUUUGUCUUAGCUGUAAGAAGAAUAUACUUAUUUGUUUAUUAAAUUGUUUAGCUGCACCAAUCUCUUAAAUUAAUUGGAUGAAAUAUAUUGUGAAAGUUUUAUAUAAAAGUGCUUAGAAAUCACUGAUACAGCUACUUCAUAUACUUCAACUGACAACACUUGCAUUUAUACUUUUACUAGUUUAGGGUUACAAUUAGACUUUUACUUGAACGUAUUGAGAGUUGGAUUGUCUGAAUCUUGCUAAAAAACUUCAAGACUUGAAGAGUAUCUUAAGUAUAGGUAAAAAGUUAUCAAAUAGCUCUGGCUCUUCCUUAGAGAAGAGAAGAAGAAGGCAAUUUAAUUUAACUUAGAAACCUCUGAAUACAAGAAAAUACUUUUUAAAUCUUACUAUUCUGUCGUUGAAGGACUUGCUUUUGUUUGUAAUUAAAAGCUUAAGCACUUGCCUAUUUACAUAAAGCUCCAUUCCGACGAUCCCUUAUUUACUUCUUUGAUUGAUUAUAUUAGUUACUACAUUCCUUAGGGUCAGAUAGGAGAUGAAAAGAAAUUAGAAUCAAAUGAAAAUAGCAAUGAUCACUCAAAUAAUAAUGACAUAAAAAACAAAAUAAUGGAAGCUGAAAAAGAAGAUGAAAAUAAAUUGAAAUUAAAACCAUUUGAAGAAUCUUAUUUAUUUUAAUAACAAUAUCAAAAUCAAAAGUAAAUUUCUGAUAUUCAGAUUAUCUUACUUUAAUUCUGUAAGUUGACGCUAAGCAAUCCUAAAUUUAUUCAUUCUCAGUUUGGUGUUUAUAUUUUUAAGAAUUUCUUUGAUUGUCAAAACAAAGAAAUAGUUGAUCUUCUCAGAAAGAAUCUAGCUUGCUGUCGUCUUUAAGGUGAUAAAUAGUCAGGAUUUCCUCCUUUUUGGAGAGCUUUUGAUGAAAUAGUGAACUAAUUAUUAGAUGAAGGCAAGGAUAUGAGUGUGAUUAAAAAGUUUGUAGUUUUUACUCAUAAAUCAUAUUUCUCAGAAACUAUAAAUGAAGGCAAUGUCCAAGUGAAACCUAAAGAACAUUUUAAGGAGCUCUGUGAAAGGUAAAUUUAUUUCCUGACAGCAAAGACAGCAGUCUUAAUCAACACUCCUAAUAAACUAAAUACACUUAAUGCUAUUGGAUAUUUGCUUUAAAUUAAGAUUAACUACCCAAAAUCGCUUGAUCCCAACCAUUUGAUGUAUAUCCAAUCGCUUUAAAAGAAGUAUCAAACAUUCUUUUUGAAAAAAACAUAAGACUAUGUGCAAGAAUUUAAAUAAAAUAAUCAACAUCUCUAAUCUCUAGAUGAAACAAUACUCUCUGAGAAAUCUAAAGAGAUUAUUUACAGAUAUGUUAAGAACCUAGAAUCAUGGUCUUAGGUUAAAUUUAAUGUAGAUCCUUAUGGAGAGGGAUAAGAAGCUCUCGAAAAGUAAAGAGAGCAAGCAGAGAGAAGUCUUAAAAAAGAAUAAAAGCAAGAAAAUGCUGAUGAGAAAUCUGAUUUAGUAAGUGAAAGUGAAGAUGAAGAAGUUUAAGAUUAAGAUUAAGAGGAAAGUGUAGAAGAAAAGAAUAAUACAACUGAUAAAAAAUAAUCACAUAAAUCGAAAUAAGUAAAUAAAAAAACAAGAAGCAGCAGUAGAAGUUCAUCUAAAAAUUAAAAAUCUUCAAAAAAAAUGGACGAAAAUAAAUAAAAACCCACUUCAUCAGUUAAAAAAACAAAGAAAGAGCAAAAAUCAUCAGUUAAAAUAAACAUAAAAUAAUAAUAAGAAGAAAGCAGUAAAGUUGAAACUGUUAAAAAAAAUCAUAGAAGAUAAAAGAAGAAUUGA